AUGGGCUGGGAGAGUGAGGUCUGCUGGCCCGUCCACACGCCCGAGGUGCUGGCUUCUCCACCUCUGCCCACGCCUUGUGCACCUGCCCACGCCUUGUGCACCUGCCCACGCCUUGUGCACCUGCCCACGCCUUGCAUCUCUGCCCACGCCCUCCAACCUCCUGCCCACGCCCUCCACAACCUCCUGCCCACGCCCUCCAACCUCCUGCCCACGCCCUCCAACCUCCUGCCCACGCCCUCCACAUCUGCCCACGCCCUCCAACCUCCUGCCCACGCCCUCCACAACCUCCUGCCCACGCCCUCCACAACCUCCUGCCCACGCCCUCCACAACCUCGUUAUCCAUCAGCACCAACUGUGAAUUGA